UCGAAUCCACCCGAGAACAACAUCCUCGGUUCCAUUCAGUCUCCGGAGAAUUAAUCCUCGCAUUAAUUUCAACUCCAUUAACGCAACGUGUAUCGCAAUCGUCCUUCCCAUCGAUCUAUUGAUAUAACGACGCUAUUGUCAAUUCUAUGAAUAGAUAAUCACUGAUCAAAAGUAUUCGGAAAAUUGUCUCUGAUUUACAGAUAUAUUUUUAUCGGUUCAUUUUUAAACGCGAUAUUUCUUACUUUUGACGUUUUAUUUAUUUGAUUAGCUUCUUUAGUUUCCUUUUUUUUUUCCUGUCUUCCAGAUAGAUUGGUCGAUUACGUCGUAUGCGCAGUGUGAAUCGAAAAUAAUAAAAAAAAGAAACGAAAAAAAAAAAUCAAAAGGGAAGGGAAGGGAAGGAAAAAAUAUAACUCACGAAAAUUUGAAAAUCUCAAAUAUGCUGCGGAGGAUUUUUAUCGUGACCUGCAUAGGAAUGUUAACGGCGGAUUUCGGCCUGGCUCAGGACUACGAGGUGUCCGAUAUACAGUGUAGCCUCGCGGGAUCCGGUUCCGAUUUGUUAACGGCGAAAAUAAGGAGACCGGUCGGUUUCAAAGGGGCUCCAUUAUUCGCCGAUGAUCGAUCGGCCAAUCCACUUACGGAUUCCAAUUGUCAGAUCAGACCCGACCCCAACGACCCCCAAGAAGAUAAUUAUCUGCUAAAAGUCACCGACUUCUCUCGAUGCGGUAUACUCAAGAGAAACGAAUUUAUCCAUCUGAGAGUCUGGUUCCCAGCGUUUCCGGGAGUCGUUAUGCUGGCCGAUCAGGAACUGAUACUCAUGUGUCGGCCACCGGAACCGACAUUGUUGAGACACAAGGCGGCUGGUUUCGCCGGUACAUUCCCCCACGGCGCCCGGGUUUCCGGAGUUGUAGAAGAGACUCCGGGACGUUUGGAAUACGAAGUCGCUCUGUACCGCGAGGCCGUUGGUAACGCGACGGAUUCCGGUACAUCCGGUUCUCAGGCGGUCGAUCAGGCGGUUCCAAUUGGUACGAAACUUCAGCUGAGGGCGAGAAUAAGCUCGGAAAGUGCCUGGGGACACAUAAAAUUACUCGAAGUAACGGUCAGUCCUGACCCCGACGAGCCUCACGCACCGGGAAGCGUCGCCCUUGUCAAGGACGGUUGCAGAAAUCGAGAUUUCGCUUCGAUAAUUCCCCACCAGCCAGCGAGGUACAGGGGGAAAAAGAACGAAGUAUUCUUAGACUUCGAAGCUUUUCUUCUGAGCUCCAUGAGGGAAAGAUCUACCCUUUGGAUCCACUCGCAGAUAAAGGCUUGCAUGGAGGCGCAAGAUUGUCAGCCAUCUUCGCAGGACUUCUGUCUGGAUUUAUUCGAGCCAUCGGGACACGGGAAGAGAAGAAGAAGGUCGCUACCCGAACCGGAAGUCGAACUACCGACGGCUGAAAAACUCGUUAAAAAGUUCAACGAAUCUGUGCCGUUCACAAAAUUCAAGGAGAACAUCGAGUACACGGUCUUAAUGCCGGGUGAUUUGUACGAAAAAGUCGCCGGUCUCGAGGGAAGCUGCGGUAGUUUUUUUUAUCUCGCUUCCGGUCUCGGCGUACUUUUGGUCUUCUCGGCUUUUAUAAUGUGCUACCUGGCCUCACGUCUCCACAACGUUACUUCCGGUGUAUCCCACAGCAAGACUAUUGACGAUUUGGUACGAGACCGGGCAAGAAAAUUCUGCGAAACUCCCGGAUACACUGGACGUUCAACGGUCCAGUAAUGGCAAUCAGGUAAAAAUCAAGGUUGUUAUUAUUCUAAUUAUAGUUAUUAUGCACAAUUUACAGAAGGAAGGUAACAAAAUAUUGAAUGCUAAGCGCAAGCUAUACAGAGGCUACUUUCUUUGGUUCUAACGAUUAAAAAGAUGAUAUUUGGAAAUGAAAUUAAUUACACGUAAUUGAUUGACUUGAAAUAUUAUUUCUUGCCCAGACAUUGAUUGGCGAUAAUAACAUUUAUUACCAGUUUCAUUAACGUCUCUUGUGUAACGGUUCUAAACGAGAAAGGAUGAAAAAAGAGGAUAAUAACCUGAACUAGUCGAUUAAUUAAAUAAAUCGCGAUGAUUUGAAUAAAUUGUUCGAAAUAUAAACCGAUAAUCGUGCGGGUAAUGUUUGGUGAUGGUGAUGGUGGGGAAAUGCG